CCGCUACAGUCCAGGCAUUCUCGCUUAGUCCUAGACCACUAUAUAUACAGUACUCGUCCCCGCUUUCUUCCUCGCCAACUUCUCAUCAUCAGCCAAGUGUAAAGGGUGCGAAGAAACAGCAGCAAAAGGAUUCCAUUCUCGUGUUCUUGGAGUGGUCCAUCGAGCUUCGUCAGGGAGAGCUAUUGAGAGAGAGAGAGAGAGAGAGAGAGAGAGAGAGCAAGCAAUGGCGACCGCAGGGAAAGUGAUCAAGUGCAAAGCCGCCGUGGCGUGGGAGGCCAGCAAGCCGCUGUCGAUCGAGGAGGUGGAGGUGGCGCCGCCGCAGGCCAUGGAGGUGCGCGUCAAGAUCCUCUACACCGCGCUCUGCCACACCGACGUCUACUUCUGGGAGGCCAAGGGCCAAACUCCGGUGUUCCCCAGGAUCUUAGGACACGAAGCGGGAGGCAUCGUGGAGAGCGUUGGGGAGGGUGUGACCGAGCUCGCACCAGGCGACCAUGUCCUCCCGGUGUUCACCGGCGAGUGCAAGGAGUGUGCCCACUGCAAAUCCGAGGAGAGCAACAUGUGUGACCUCCUCAGGAUCAACGUCGACCGCGGCGUGAUGAUCGGCGACGGGAAGUCCCGCUUCACCAUCAACGGGCAGCCCAUCUUCCACUUCGUUGGGACAUCCACCUUCAGCGAGUACACCGUCAUCCAUGUCGGCUGCCUCGCCAAGAUCAACCCGGAGGCGCCUCUCGACAAAGUCUGUAUCCUGAGCUGUGGUAUCUCAACUGGCCUUGGCGCAACACUGAAUGUGGCAAAACCAGUAAAGGGUUCGACAGUGGCGAUUUUCGGUCUUGGUGCUGUGGGCCUUGCUGCUAUGGAAGGUGCUAGACUGGCUGGAGCAUCAAGAAUCUUCGGUGUGGACAUCAACCCAGCAAAAUACGAGCAAGCUAAGAAAUUUGGCUGCACUGAUUUCGUUAACCCUAAGGACCACGACAAGCCAGUGCAAGAGGUACUGAUUGAGCUGACCAAUGGUGGUGUCGACCGCAGCGUGGAGUGCACCGGCAACGUGAACGCCAUGAUAUCUGCCUUCGAAUGUGUUCACGACGGAUGGGGUGUCGCCGUGCUGGUUGGUGUGCCACACAGGGAGGAUCAGUUCAAGACCCACCCCAUGAACUUCCUCAACGAGAAGACUCUCAAGGGGACCUUCUUCGGCAACUACAAGCCCCGCACUGACCUGCCCAAUGUCGUCGAGAUGUACAUGAAGAAGGAGCUGGAGCUGGAGAAGUUCAUCACGCACAGCGUGCCCUUCUCGGAGAUCAACACGGCGUUCGACCUGAUGCUCAAGGGGGAGAGCCUGCGCUGCAUCAUGAGAAUGGAGGACUAGAGCUUCAUUGCAAGCUUUGCUUCUGCAUCCAUGCUGCAUAUAUACCAACGGACAUGAAAAGUUGAAGACGCUUCUCCCUUGUGCAGUACAUACAGUAGCAAUAAAUUGUUAACGUUUGUCCUGACAGACACACGGCCAUGCCCAUCCUGUAUUCUGUUUCACGGUUUCAUCUUUAUUGUCAGUGUGUGAUGUGUGUGGUCAGGUUUAAUUUCAGCCCUUCUUAGAAAACCCAAAAAAAGAAGAAGAAAAAAGAAGUUUGUGGCCAGCUUUUAGAGUCCCUUUAUCACCUGUAUGUAAUUAUUACCAUUUUGCAUAACAAUAAUGAAAUAUUGUUGUCAGUGUUAA